AUGACGAAAGAAAUUUUAGAAAUAGUAAUUUAUUCUUUGGCGAAAAGUAUGUAUUUACGGUUCAUUGUAGAUGUAUGGAGUAGUAUCGCGAAAGUCAUCUCAACUACUAUGGCACAGAAAAGAACAAAAAACCAGAUCCGGAGAGAGAAGGCCAAGCUACGAAAGUUAGAGAAGAGCCAGGAGAAAGGUCAGGCGGAUGAAACAAGAUUAGAGAAAAGUUUAGAUGUCUCCGACAAAGGUGACGUUGAGGCAGCCAAGAAGGCAUUUGAGGAGACGAAAGAAACAAAGGAAGAAUCGGAUUUGAUAGAGAAAGGAAAUGAGCAAAAUCAUGAAAACUCCGCCGCUCAUAGUGAAGCAGAAAAGGAUUCGGAAGAUAAAAAGCCACAUCUGAAUGAUUCAGUCAAGCCACAGAAAGAUACAUCCAGCCAAGAAGAAAGCAAGAAUGAGACAGUUCUGGAAGAAACAGCAGCAAAAGUGAAUGUCCCAAACGCAGAAGAUACGCAGCAGCCAGCAAGUCUGGAAGUGAAGGACAAAAUAGUUUCAGAAACAACGCCAAACGGGACGAAAGAAAGCAAACCAAGCCUAGAAUCGAAUGCAAAACAGGAAAAUCAACCUUCUCGGCAUGAAAAUGGUUUUGCAAUACCAAACGAGAAACUACUAGAGCAGUUUGCGUCGGUUUUCCAGCGAUUCUCGGGCGAGGAAACUUCAGAGCAAAAACAUGAAGAUGUCUCGGCUUCUGGGUCUGACUCGUCGUCCUCAGACUCUGAAUCUGAGCAAGACACCGAGAAAAAACCUCUUUCCAAAAGACAACUUCGAAAACUUAACCGCGUGUCCAUAGCCGAGCUCAAAGCGUCCACUUCACAGCCUCUGGCCGUCGAGUGGUAUGAUGUGGACGCACCAGAUCCGUUCAUGGCAGUUGCCCUUAAAACGGCGCCCAAUGUUGUCGAUGUUCCACUGCACUGGCAACAAAAAAAGGACUAUCUUUCAUCGAAACGAGGCAUCGAGCGGGCACCAUUCAAGCUCCCCAAGUUCAUUCAGGACACGGGCAUUGCCGAAAUGAGAAACCACGACUUGGAGUCGCUUAAAAAACUGCAACGUGAUCGCGUGCAACCCAAAAUGGGGAAGCUUGAUAUAGAUUACCAGAAACUCCACGAUGCGUUCUUCCGCUUCCAGACAAAGCCACGAACGCUUGGCUUUGGCGAUCUUUAUUACGAGGGUCGAGAAAAAAAUGACGGUUACCGAGAGCUGGUUGCACACAUGAAGCCUGGAAAAAUCUCUAGGGCGCUCAGAGCAGCGGUGGGAAUAUCCGAAGAUGACAAAACCAUCCCGCCUUGGAUUGCGGUCAUGAACGAGAUCGGAAAACCUCCAGCGUAUUCCGACUGCAUAAUUCCAGGCGUCGAUGUGGAAUAUAAGAAUACGGGAUAUGUGCUCUCGAGCGGACAGUCAUACACUAUAGAACCUUUGUGGGGUUUACAGGAAGAAGAAGAGGAAGAAGAGGAGGAAGAGGAAGAGGACGAGGACGAUGAAGACGAGGAAGAAGUUGGCCAAGAGGGCUACGAGAAUGAAAACGAAAGCAACGAAGCGGACGAUAACGAACCCGAAGAUGAAGGAACGAAAGUGGACAUCAGUGAGUACAGCAGAAUCAAAACUAGCGGUGCUCGUGUCAGUACUACAUCUGGAACUCUAUACAAGGUUUUGAAAGAGAAAAACUCGGCAGACGGCCUAAAGACAAGCUACGACCUUGAAAACGACGAGAACACAGAAACAAAGGCAGAAAAGAACGCAAAUAAUGCAGAUGGGGGAAAAGUGGACGACCACUCAGAGGACUUCAAGUUCUAA